AUGACUUCCGUCGCUCGCCGAUCGCAGCUCGGAGCUGCCAGGCCCGACACUCGCAGGCCGCACGCGCGAGAAGAGAGCUGGGAACACGUCGAGGACGCGAACGGCGUCGACGAGCCCGAAUCUCCUCUGCGUCUUACCUUCGGCAACCCCAGAGAAGCUCUUCAUCCUCUCCGAGCCAUAGCUGACCGCGUCGGACAACAGGUCGAGCAGUUUGCGGAAAAGGUGGACUACUGGAACCAGCGGGUCAGUAAAGACCCUGUUAAGAACUACUACGCCGCUGUCGAACUCGUUGAGAGCUUCAAAGCGAUAGCGAACGAUACUGUGGUGCAGCUGAGCAAGCAGCAUGGAUCGGAGCUCGAACAAGAGCGGAGGAGGGCAACGCAGCGGAGGCUGAAGAUCUCCGGUGAUCGCGAUACGGUGUCUACGGCCAUCCAGAGUGUUGAGAGCGAUGAUCUUGGGUUCGGAACUCAAGCUGGGACGACGUUGCAGGAUCUCAAACAAUGGCAGAGCGAGGCCGAUACCUGGGAACUACUGCAAUUGCUUGUAGAAGAAGAGAUCGGUGACCCGAGAGUCGACCGUCAGAAGGAGAAGGAAGAUGAAGCGAAUAGACGUGGGCCAGUCCAUCGCUACACGCCUGAGAUCGAGGUCUGGGAGCGGUUUCUGGUCGAGGAUGAUCAAGCUCGAGGCCGCAAGCUGAUUCUCAACUGGCUCGAAGCAACUGCACGACACAAUGAAGCCGAUGCGGACGCGGUCAUGGAGCGACUACAAGACACUGGUCGGGGCCAAGGAACGUGGUCACAAGGGUGGCUGGAUACGAGGGAGCGCAUCAAGAUCACGAAGAAGAUGUCGGCCAACCCUAGGCAGCACGCAGCAUCCGUCCGCGCUACAGACCGGACGAGGGAGUUGGUGACUGAUUUGGACCCGGACGCUGUUACCAGGCAAUACCUGUCCCUUGAGAAAGUGGAUGAGCAGUACGAGCAGACGAUCUGGCUUGCGAUAUGGGUAAUGUUGAGGCAAGGCAAAACAUGGGAAGAGGUUCGGGAGUGGUGUCGGGAACGCAAAGAGGGCUGGCGCGCCGUCAGUAUGGGAAUGGCACACGCGACUGAAGGCGCUCGAACCUGCCUUGAAGGCGCGUACGCCGGCCAGCUCUGGCGCCGGCUGUGUUUCGUUGCCGCACGACAAGGAGGCAUGAACGAGUAUGAGCGCGCUGUCUACGGAAUGCUGAGCGGCGACCAGCAAACCGUGGACCCCGUGUGCCGCACUUGGGACGAUUACCUCUACGUGCGCUUCCAUGCUCUCCUGCUGAGCCAAUACGACGUCUAUGCCGAAGCGGUCCACCCCGACCGCUUACCCGCCUCCUUAACCGGACAGUACCCUCUCUUCGAUGCCCUACAAUACCACGGCAACGCCGCCCAAGCUAGUCGGCAGCUGGUUGAAUCUGUGAACAAGCUUAGCGCCGUAGCGGUAGAAGGGAAGAAACCUAUGAAGAUGAUCCAGGGCAGUCUCAUCGGCAAAUAUUUCGAGGACCUGCUCUACAAGUACGGAGUUGCCAUCUCGAACCGGGCAAACUCCGAAGGUGUCAAAUCCACGCUGGUCCCAAGAACCGAGGUCGAGGCGGAGGAAGCGUACAUGGCAAUGACUGAGGACUACAACGCCCUUCGUAUCGUGGUGCACGCCUAUCUCAUCCUCGAUGCUCUCGACUUGGAAGUUCCACCCGAGCACCGACCGGAUAUCGAGAACGUCUUAGCGGGAUACAUCGACUUCCUACGACUGGCGGGCAAGAUUGACCUGAUACCCACGUAUGCCGCACAGCUGUCCCCUAUGCGCGCUGAGUACACGCUUGCAAGAGUUCUUCCGGACAUCAGAGACGUCGGCGAGCAAAGGGAGCUUAUGGACCUGAUGCGGCAAGCAAAGAUAUCCGUCGGCGAUGUCCUGAUCGAACACUACGAGUAUGUCCUAACGGAGAGCUCAUUCGGAGAGCAUAACACGCCCACUAUCAAGCGAUACGAGUUCCUUGAGCCGACAACAAAAGAGCAGUCACUAUGGCCCGGCCAGCGUAUCCAGCUAGGCUUCCUGCCAAACCCACAGAACAUCAGCGCCGACGAAGACAAGCUUGUGCGGGCUGGGGAGUGGUACAUGCUCCUUCCAAACGCCUGGAAUGCUGUGUUCAUACCUUUGACCAUUAUCCUCAAGCGCUUUCUUCGCUCCGGCCGAGUCGGCGCCGCUGUAGCUCUUUGCCAGCGAAUGCCAUUCAGGACAGUCUCCAGAGAAAAGAGCAGAGACUUCCUCCACAUCGCCUCUGGCAUCGAUGUAAUGGAAGAGUAUCAAGAAGACGAAAACUACGAGGAGCUCUCUCAGCAAUCCCGGCGAUCGACUCGCUCGACCACACGAGCGCUGCCACCUCCACGCCAACGCCGCAUGUCACCCAGCGUGCAGAGCCUGAGGGCCGAACAGAUGCGGGAGCAGUCUCGCGUCUACUACGAGCUCCAACAGCUGGUCAGCAUGCUCGUUGCGCUGGACAAAUGGCGGAAAGCAGAGAAAGAGCUCGUUGACGAGAACAACCCACGAAGACCCGCAGACAGCAAAACAACCCUCCGCAAGCUCUUCGAGAAUGUCCGCGCGGCCAUUGAGCCGCUCUUCACCGACUUCCUUACGCAUGGCAUUGACGACGCAGAGGUCGAUGAGUUAGCCGCCAUCCGACACGCCUACAUCCCCUCGAUCCUGCUCGCCUACCUCAGCGUGAUCCACAGCGCGGCCCAGCUGCUGAGCCGCGAGCACCUGCUACUGUCCAUGCAGCUGGCGACUGUGGUCGCGGACGAGGCGAACUCCGAGUUGGCGGAGGCGUUUGUGAGCACUGGGACGAUGGGCGAGCUUGUCACUGUAUUUGCGCUGAACAGCAAGGCGAUGCUGAAACUCGCGGAGAAGAAGCCGAAGCCGAAGGGGAGGGGGAGGAAGAGGAAUGGGGAAACACUGGAGAUUUGGGAGGUUGGGGUGAGGAACUAG